AUGGCUCCGCGACCUGCCAAAAGGCAGCGCAGAUCUACCAUCGUCCUUUCCGACGGCAGCGAUGAAGACUCGAACCCGCCGUCUCCCAAACCUGGAAGAGCGACGAGUUUCCAACGGGAGAUCACAUUCGAUGGCAGGACGUCUGCAACAGUGUCUCCAGUGAAGUCCAGACCGACGAAGCCUGCCUCAAGGAAGGCUGCGGCUCAACCCUCCCCAGCGUCCUCGCCUGAAAAAGCGAGAAAGAAUACGAAAGUCAAGACCGAGGUAGAGAAGAACAAGUCACUGCACAACUUCUUUCACAAGGCGACAGAGGAACAGAGAUGGAAGAGAAAGUCUGAAACAUCAGAUGUAGAGGCCCAAAAUAACGGCGAGCUGAGCGAUGCCAUCGAGGACGACGAUCUGUCCGACGAAACUUUGCAGGAAUUAGGAUUCAGUAAAGGCAGAUCUCACACCAAUGCAAACGGGCGCAUACCAGGGACGGUGUCUGCGGUCGCUACCUCCAAGCGGAAUGCUGAUGUUGGAAGUCUACCAUCGACCCAGAGAUUCGUCAAGCCUGGAGCAGCAUCAAAUCGAAAUGUCAACGAUUUUGGAGACCCAUCUCACAUCGAUAACCACGACCACCGGCCCUGGGCCGACCGUUAUGGACCUACAAAUCUCGAGGAGCUUAUGGUCCACAAGAAAAAGGUAGCAGAUGUUCAGAAUUGGCUGCAGGGCAAGUUGGAGGGGCACAACAAUCAGAAGCUGCUCGUACUAAAAGGCCCAGCCGGCAGUGGCAAGACCACAACCGUUGGUCUGGUUGCAAAAGCGCUGGGCUUGCAACUCGUCUCGUGGCACAAUCCUGCUGUGUCGGAAGUGGGUGCGGGCAACUCAAUAUCCGCCCAAUUCGACGAGUUCUUGAAUCGAGGCGGCCAAUUCGGUAGUUUAGCAUUCGAUCAGGACACUUCAGAGCGAAAUACAAGAGAAGGGGACUCAGGCCGUCGACUCCUGGUUAUUGAGGAGUUUCCGGCAACGAUGACGAGAUCUUCGAGCACCCUGCAGUCAUUCAGAUCCGUCAUCCAACGCUUCCUUGCUCAGGCUAACAAGCCUUCUUCCACGGCAUUUCGUAGCCAACAGAGCUCCAAGGACAUCUACCCCCCGGUGGUCAUUAUCAUCUCCGAGACUUUGUUGUCAUCUUCCACAGCGCUGACGGACAGCUUCACAGCUCACCGACUGCUCGGCGCAGAGAUCUUGAAUCAUCCAUUCGUGACCACCAUGGAUUUCAACCCUGUUGCGCCUACAAUUCUCACGAAAGCGCUCGACUUGGUAAUGAAAAAGGAAGCGAGAGACUCACGUCGACGUAGAGUUCCGGGUCCGGCCAUCAUCACAAGGCUAGCUGAGAUGGGCGACGUCCGUAGUGCCGUCAACUCCCUCGAGUUCUUGUGUGUCAGGGGAGGGGAUGGGUUGGAAUGGUCCGGCACCGUUGCGGCGAAAGCGAAACGGCCAUCGAAGAACAAGGAGAACCUGGCAUUGACAGAGGUGGAAAAGAAUUCUUUGCAACUGGUCUGCCAGCGUGAAACAACACUCGACAUGUUCCAUGCUGCGGGAAAAAUCGUUUAUAAUAAACGCGAAGAUCCUCGCGUAUUAGACACUCGAGCUCAACCACCACCAAAGCCGCCGGACCAUCUCAUGCAUCUUUACACUCCAAAGGCCUCACAAGUGGAUAUUGAAGCCUUGCUCAACGAGACAGGCACGGACAUUCAGACAUUUAUCUCUACCUUGCACCAAAAUUACAUUCUGUCAUGCAAUGGCGAUAUGUUUGAGGAGUCUUUCGACGGCUGUGCUGACAUCCUCUCGACGAGCGAUCUCUUGAAUCCCGAGAUCCGCCAAAACAGGCGUCGCCAUAACAACUCAAACCCUAACUAUGGGAUAACGCAGUCAAACAUCCAGACAGGAACUUCGGAUACACUCCGACAGGAUGAAAUUAGCUUCCACGUUGGCACAAGAGGCCUGUUGUUCCAUUUACCACAUCCGGUUAAUCGGGCAGCGGCCACUAUACCGGGUGCGAAAAGAGGAGAUGCAUUCAAGAUGUUUUACCCGGCAAGCCUGAGGUUGUGGAAACCCAUCGAGGAGAUGGAGGGACUGUUGGAGACAUUUGUCUAUGGCGGUGGGACCUUGGUUGGCAGAGGUGAUGGUUCUUCCGUGUUUACUUCUACCAGCAGAACGGGGACUAUGUUCGCUGGCGGUGAUAGGGGCGUUGCGAAUUGGCGAACGAAAGAAUUUGCGCUGGACAACGCCACCAGUAGCUCUUCGGCACGAGUCAAGCAAGAGCCGUUAGACACAUCCAACCCCAGUCUCGUACCGGAAGGUUUUGAAGGCACCGCUAACAACCCACCUCCUCCGAUUGUGUACUCGAAGGAUAUCUUGACAACCGAGCUUCUGCCAUACAUGACUCGCAUCUUUACGGCGAGGAGACAGGAUACAACAACCUUAGAGAAGAUUACCAAGUUCAAGCCGACCACCUAUCUAUCCACAGAGGAAGAUGGAUCUGAAGAAGAAGACGAUAUGACUAUCAAUGCCACAUCUGGCGAAGGGGCUGGACGGGCGCAGUCCCUCACUCCAGCCAUCAGAAGCGCAAAUGCAACGCUCAGCAACUCGACACAAGGUCUCAGGAACUUGAAGAACGACGUGCCAGUAGCGGCUGCCAUGGCCGUGGAGAAGCUCUACAUCUCCGACGACGACAUCGAGGACGACUAA